AUGUUUGAGACCAUGGUUGUUGCAUCACGGAACGUCAAAGACAAGUUCAAAUUACUUCAAGAUGUCCAAGAGGGAUGCUUCUGUGACAUCGUCGCACAGGUCGUUCGGCCACCCUACGAUGGUGGGGACAAGAUGACUUUAUGGGUUUCCGAUUACACAGAGAACCCAUUUUUUCAUAACUUUUCUAUCGGCUUCGACGAAUCCUCUAUCGGUCGAGAUGGUGAUCCAUUCGGCUAUACCGACAAGUACACUGUGGCUGCUAACCCAUCGGGCUGGCCGGGUCCUUUUGGAAAGAGAUGCAUCCAGAUCACAUGCUGGGAACCCCAUGUAACUGCACUCCGUGACAGAGAUAUGGGAACUCUCCCAUGGGUUUUGAUCAAAAAUUUGCAAAUCAAAUUAGGCCACAGUGGUGCCAACCUGGAGGGAUUCUUGAGAGAAGACCGUGAUCCGCAUGGACCAAAAAUUGGUAUUCGUAUGGUAAACUCGAAUCCCGAUUCAGAGAAUUUUGACCUACGUGCAAAGGAGGCCUUGCAGAGAAAAAGACAAUACGAGCGCUUAAAAAAAGGGCAGGCCAGAGAAAUCAAGGAAGCUUUGAGGGUCGGACAAAAGCGCAAGCAUGGCGUAGAGUCGAAAAUCGAACAAAAAAAAGGCAACGCUAAAUCGAGGCGCAAUGAAAAACGAUCGAAAACCAAAAACAAUAAACAAGGUGAGGCCAGAGAGCCUACAGAACAGGAUGUAGUCCCUUCCGUGGACCUAAAUACUCGAGUGAAAUGCGAAAAUGAAGACAAGCCGGCUAGUUCGAUUGACGAAAUCACAAAAGUUGUCCAGCAUGAAACUACUAUUGAUGAUAUUAUUAUAAAACUUCCUCUACCCUUUGUGAACUUAAACUACAGAGCAAACGUUCGAGUUGUCGACUUUUCACCAGCAAACCUGGCAGAUUUCGCCUAUCCGAAGAAGGAAUCGGAGUAUGAAGACCUUUCCGAUGACGGUGAAGAGUCGCUGUCCAACAGCGAAACUGAAGAUGAAGACGAACAGCCAAUCCAGAGAACGCUAGACGAUUUCACCAAAGCGCGAAACUGGGAGUGGCGUUUCUUUUUGGAGCUCGAGGACGCUGUAGUCGCUGAGAAACAUAAGAAGCAAAGACUUUGGGUGGCAGUCGACAACCAAUCUGCUCAAUUACUUACUGGGCUCGAUGCGUGUAACCUGAGACGAGAUAAGCAGGUGCUGCUAAACCUCCGCGACAAGAUGUUUACGCUCUGGGGAAAUCUGGAGGAGAAAAAGGCCGCUGCUCAGGAAGCGGCAAGGAAGGGAAACCCUCCAGCUGAUAGCGACGAUGAGGAUCAACAGCAGCCCGAGCCAAAGAACUCGGGCAAAACGCAACUCACAAACCGGGCGUUUCCAUGCUGCAUAAAGCAAUAUGGUAUCAAAGUUGCCGAGCCAGAACCGUCACAGGCCAACGCUGGGGAUGGCAAACGCUGGCAGAGAAUGUUCCAACUCUUUGGCGCCAGGAUUGUUGGAGAAUAG